AAAGUCUUAUAGAAGUGUACUGCAAAGGAAAAUUUUGGUAUUUAAUAGUACAUCUUUGUUUAAUUUGUCAUUUCUUAAAAGCAAAAUUUCAAAAGCGCUCGUCAGAGCUCACUUUGAGAUAUGAAAUUACCAUUAAGCUAUGUAAAUACAUUUUUUUAAAUAUUUUCGUAGGACAGAAUAUAUAGUCUAUUGGUGAACCACAGCGGAAAAUAUUAAAAAUUAUAUAUUUUAAUAAUUACGCACCCAUUUUUAUAAAUGACUUAUUAUACGAUUUUGGAAACAGCUUUUUAUGAGAAAAGCCCGAUUUUAUUCGUUAAAACUAUUUUGUAUCGAUUAACUGAGGAUGAAUAAAUAAUAAAAGUAAAUUUACAUAAUUAUUAUACGACGAUAGUUAUUACAAACUAUUAUUGAAAAUGGCCUAUAUAAUUACGCGCACGGGCGAAUGUGAUUUAGUACGCGCCGGGUCAUCCCAGAGGGUGGACGUAUCGCUCAUUUCCCGCGCGUCUAAAAGUUGAUUGACCUUACGUACGACCGAGGUUCAAAAGGAGUAUAGUGCGUCAUUGGAUUUGAUACUUUAGUAAGUAAAAUUUCUAGUUAAUGUUUCUUUCGAGUUGUCAUAUCGCAAUUUUGCUAAAAAAUAAUAUUAUUACAGGCAUGGGUAACAAACGCAAAAAAUAUAGUUGCAGUAGAAAUGCGAAGUCUGCAGCGAACGCCAGGCAAUCAAAAAGGAGAAAGAUUAACGAGGAAAAAAACCAACGUACUCAUGAAUCUCCUGACAAUAACGACUCCUGUGUUGAUUCAAAAAAUAAUAAUCGUGACAAUGAAUUAUUUGAUGCACUCAUAUCGGAUCUGGAAAAAAUAGAUGAGAAAAAACAAAAUAUACAUUUAGAAGAAACGGCAAAUAUUGAAGAGUUUGAAUUGGAAGUGGAGCCACAAAAACAUAUCAUUCCUCGUAUUUCUUUGAUCAAAUCAAAAUCGUAG